AUGGCAACCUACAGCUACAUCCCCCCAGAAUACCAACCGACCAAAACUAUGCCCUCUACUACACUCUCCUCUGCCCCUCGAUCGCAGCAAUCCACUACCAUGGAGUCGCACAAGCCUCACAUACCCUACCGCGACACAGGCGCUGCUGGUAAGUGCAUCUACGGACAGCCGCCGUCGUGGACGUUCAAGCCGUUACCCCCGUUUCCGUUUGAGCGUGUGCAGACGCUGGAAACGGAGCCUUUUGAUGAUGAUUGCCACAGUAUGACGACGCAGACUGGUGAAGACGAUGCGCGGUUGGAGCAGAAGAGGGAGAGUAAGGUGAUCAAGGCGGUGAAGAACCUGUCUCGGAAACUCACUGCGGCUGUUUCGAAGACGUAG